AUGGGAAGGCGCUCUGGCCGUGCCGCCGCUCGGCGUGCCGCUGCCGCCCUAGAGAGCACCCCGAAGCACUUCGAACCCUUGGACGAUGAGGACGAGGUCAUGCCCGAUGCCGAGCAGGAUCAAGAAGCGAAAGCAGAGGAGCCGGAGCCAGAGCCAGAAAAGGAGGAGUCAGGCGCCGAGGAAGAGCAACAUGCAUCUGAGGAAGAAUCCGCCAAGUCACCAUCGCCCCAGCCGCGCAUGGUUUUGGUCCGCCGCAAGCGCCUCGGUCGACCGCCCAAAAACAAGCCUCCAGACUGGGAUGAGAUGAUCGAGGUGCCUGCGCGCGACGUCGAGACGCCCCGUAGGCGAGGCCGCGGCGGCUGGAGAGGGCGUGGCGGCCGCAAGGGUCAGCAGGCCCAGGUCACGCAGCAGCCUAUCGACAAGGAGGGCAACAUGAUGGAUAUCAUCGAUGAUGAGGUCGCAUUGCCGGAGGACCCCGAGGGCGAGACCAAGGUCGACAAGAUGGGUAAUCUGCUGGGUGGUCGCGAAUACCGGUGCCGCACGUUCACUGUGAGCGGACGCGGUGAUCGUCUCUACAUGUUGUCGACGGAGCCGGCUCGCUGUGUCGGCUUCCGAGAUUCGUACCUCUUCUUCACCAAGCACAGAAAGCUCUUCAAGAUCAUUAUCGAUGAUGACGAGAAACGAGACCUGAUCGAGCGCGAGAUCAUCCCCCACAGCUACAAAGGCCGUGCCAUUGGUAUCUGCACAGCGCGCUCCGUCUUUCGCGAGUUUGGGGCCCUCAUCGUUGUGGGCGGCAAGCGCAUCAUCGACGACUACGAAGUGGCCAAGGCACGCGAGGAGGGCGUUAUUGAGGGCGAGAUAGCCGACCCCAAUGACAGGUUUGUCCCGGGUGAGCCGUACAACAAAAACCAGUACGUGGCCUGGCACGGCGCCAGCGCGGUGUAUCAUUCAUCAACACCUGCAGUCCCGCAGCAGAGCGGGAAGCUGGAUCCUAAGAAGAGACGUGUGGCCGUCAACGACACCAACUGGCAGCUGGAGCAUGCCCGAGAGGCAAGCAACUUCAAUACCAUCUUGACUGGCGCCCGCCGCGUCAAUCUCAAUGGUGUCUACGACAUACAUACCAACACAAUCCAGUAUCCCGCCAUCAUGCAACCCACGAGAGUCCGCGCCGUGCAGGUCGCACCCUCGGAAGAGUCAUCCGAGUCCACGUCGACUGUCUUCCCCCCGCUCCCACCCAAGGUUGCACGCAACUUCCUGGUCACCGAUAUCCACCUCGAGACGCCCCCAACAGGCAUCUCGGCCGCCGCUUACGAGCGCCCGUUCCAGCUUGACUCGUCUGCCAGCCGCGAACGGUCAUCAGACUUCCUCGGCCCCUUCCGCGGCCUGGCCGCUGUCCCCGACGACAUCAAGGACCUGCUGCCAGAGGACUGCCGCAAGGCCUUUGAUGAGGCGCUGGGCAAGGAGAACAAGUGGCAGGAGCAGUGGGGCGAGGAGAAGGACACGAUGUGCCGCCAGCAGCCCAUCGUGGACAAGGCUAUCGUGCCCUUCUCCAUGAUGAUGUAG